AUGCUGUCGGCCGUCGCCGGCGACCACCGUCGACGACCACCGUCGACGACCACCGCCGCCCGUCGCGAAGACCACCGCCGCCCGCCGCGAAGACCACCGCCGCCCGCCGCCGGCGACCACCGCCGCCCGCCGCCGGCGACCACCGCCGCCGGCGACCACCGCCGCCGGCGACCACCGCCGCCCGCCGCCCCCGUCACUGCGGGCAACUGUCGUCGGCCGCCUCUGCCGUCGUCGCCGGCGGUCAUCGCCGUCGUCGAUUACCGAUGGCGGUCGUCGGCAGAGGAGGCCAACGACGACGGUCGUUGGUUGCCGUAA